AUGUACGCUAGUGAUAAAGAGACUUGUCCUAAUAAGCACCAAGAUAUGUCGACAAACGAUGUGGUGAUCAGCGGUAUGUCCGGUCGGUUCCCACUGUCGGACACCACCGACGAGUUCGCACGCAAUCUGUUCGACGGCAUAGAUAUGGUGACCGCCGAUGACAGUCGAUGGCCACCCGACUUGUUGGACAUGAACCCACGUAUGGGUCGAUUAGUAAACUAUGGUCUGUUUGACUCGACAUUUUUCGGGGUAAUGGAGCAAAUGGUGGAGGGGUUUGACCCCAUGGCCCGUAUGCUACUGGAAGUCACCUACGAAGCUAUCGUGGACGCGGAAGAUGCUAAUCCACAAUCGCUACGUGGUAGCCAAACGGGCGUGUAUGUUGCCGUAUCCAUGUACCCGAUGACAGAUGGCUAUCCCGAGUAUCUACAGCCGGAUAUACGCAAAAGUUUACAGUCGCAGUUCUUGACCCUGUACAAUUUGAAAACAUUUUACUCGAGCAGAAUAUCGUUUGUGUUUGACUUCAAGGGCCCGUCGAUGAUAGUGGACACCGCCUGCUCUGGUAGUGGCACUGCCUUUUGUCUGGCUAUGAACGAUAUGAAACUAGGUCACAUCGAUCAGGCCGUAAUAUGUGGCGCUCAUAUGACACUCGAGCCGUUUCAACUACAAGUAGGACAGGAGUUAGGCAUACUAUCAAGUAGGGGUAUAUCGGCCGUACUUGACCAGGAUGCUGAUGGUUUCGUAAAGGGUGAGACGGUAUGCGCCCUACUUUUACAGCACAGUGCCAACGCCAGACGCCUGUUGGCCACGGUUAGGUCGUCCCGUAUGAACAUCGAUGGGUAUAAGACUAUUGGGAUGUUCUUCCCGUCGGCUGAGGCACAGGAGGAGCUGAUGGUGAAGACUUACAAGGAGGCCAACAUAGACCCCUUAACGUUGACCUAUAUCGAGGGUCACGUGACUGGAACUAAGUGUACUGGAAAGACUGAAUUGUUGGUGGUCGGUGUCGGUCAAUAA